UUGAACCGGUGUCAACAAACAACAACAACAAUAUUUUCGUCCUAGCUGCACCGCCUUGGCAACCACAUGUCCAACAGCCUCGAUAGUGGCGAAUUAAACCCGAGGAGACUGAGACACGAGCUCUUUCUAACAUCCACAAAUCCAGUUUUUCUUUUCUUUUCUUUUUUUUUUUGUCGUCACAUUUGACUCCUCAGAGGGUUGUGGCUGUCCCGGGACACUGGUGCUUGGCUGUAGCCCGGGUAAGGCUAACCCCUAACCGAGGCUAACCGAGGCUAACCUUCCAGGCUUCCACACGGGCGAAAGGGACGGUUUCCACGACGUCCUCCUGCUGUAAACUCGGUGUUGGGGCGGCAGCAGCCUCCCCGUUAGGAGGAGGUAUCUGCAGUCACUGGGGUGGUGGAGGUAUGACUGCGUUGGCGGGGUCAAUACCCAGGAUGAUGCGACCCACGCUGGCUCAGAACUACCCCCGCAGUGGUUUCCCUCUGGAAGUGUCUACCCCGUUGGGACAAGGCCGAGUCAACCAGCUCGGAGGAGUUUUCAUAAAUGGCCGACCCUUGCCCAACCACAUCCGACAUAAAAUCGUGGAGAUGGCCCACCACGGCAUCAGGCCGUGUGUCAUCUCCCGACAGCUCCGGGUCUCCCACGGCUGCGUGUCCAAAAUCCUGUGCCGGUACCAGGAGACCGGCUCCAUCAGACCCGGGGCCAUCGGUGGCAGCAAACCCAAGCAGGGAACAACGCCGGACGUAGAGAAGAGAAUAGAAGAAUACAAGCGGGAAAACCCGGGUAUGUUUAGCUGGGAGAUUCGGGAUAAAUUACUGAAGGAUGGGAUAUGUGACCGCAACAACGUUCCUUCAGUGAGCUCCAUCAGUCGUAUCAUGCGGAGUAAGUUCGGGGGAAAAGGGGACGAAGAGGAGGAUGAAGAUGAAAUCGAGAAGAAAGAGAUGGAGGACAACGACCGGAGGGCCAAACACAGCAUCGAAGGCAUCUUGGGAGACAGAUCGAGUCAGUCAGACGAGGGUUCGGACGUAGAGUCAGAGCCUGAUCUGCCGCUUAAGAGGAAGCAGCGGCGCAGUCGGACCACCUUCACGGCAGAGCAGCUGGAGGAGCUGGAGAGGGCCUUCGAGAGGACCCACUACCCCGACAUCUACACCAGGGAGGAGCUUGCCCAGAGGGCCAAACUCACCGAGGCCAGGGUUCAGGUUUGGUUCAGCAACAGGCGGGCGAGGUGGAGGAAGCAAGCAGGAGCCAAUCAACUGAUGGCAUUUAAUCACCUGAUCCCAGGGGGUUUCCCACCUUCAGCCAUGUCAAGCAUCCCCCCUUACCAGCUCUCUGACAGCGCCUACCCCCCCUCAUCUAUAGCACAAGUGUCGGAGCCCCCCAGCACGGUGCAUCGCCCCCAGCCUCUCCCUCCCUCCUCGGGCCACCAAGCCCCCGGCGGUGGAGGGCAGGGAGAAGGAGGAUCCGCCUACUGCCUCGCCUCAGGACGCCACUCCUUCUCAGGCUACUCGGACAGCUUUGUGAGCCCCGGAGGACCGGCCAAUCCCAUGAACCCCGCCAUAGGAAACGGACUCUCUCCACAGGUGAUGGGUCUGCUGAACCCGGGCGGUGUGCCACAUCAGCCCCAAAGCGACUACGCCAUCUCCCCUUUGACGGGCGGCCUCGAGCCCCCUGCUGGCAUGGCGGCCAGCUGUAGCCAGCGCAUGGACCACAUCAAGGGCCUGGAGGGUCUCACCAGUGUUCCCUCCAUGUCAGCUCUGCCCUCCCUGCCCAGCUCCCAGUCCUACUGCACCCCCUCCUACAGCUCACCGGGCUACACCGUCGACCACGUGGCAUCCUACCAGUACGGCCAGUACGGACAAAGUAAGGUGCCCUUCCUUAUUUGAGGCCUGAAAUCACCUGAUCGUGAGCUCCGGUCUUCACAGAGGGACAUUUGUGUGUACAGCGAUGGAAAUCUUUAAAUAUCCGGACCAAAAUGUUGUCACCAUUUACCAGGACACAUUCUCUACUGCAGGACAUUAUAUUAUUGAUUCUGGGUGGAGAAAUGGACAAAAAAAAGAAGGGACCACAAGAAGGAAUAUCAGACCAAAAACUGUUGAUUGACUGUGAACAUUGCUGCAUCAGUAUUGCAGAUGACCGGCAGAGAUGUCAGCGCUUAAUGUGGUUAGCUCGGUGGAGUUCUGACCAUCUGCAGUGCCAUGAAGAGGCACAAACACCAUUCUCUGACUUGCCUUUGGAGUCUUUGUGAGGACAGCAAACCCAAAUCUACCAUCACAGACUACCAGCCUUUGAGCCGACGCUUGAAGGAGCAUGUUUACAUAUCUUAGGGCCACAUGAGUGCAUAUGUAAUUCCAUGUAUGUCCAAAUUAAUCCCCAAAUUGUAUCCACUGAAAGGGGAAAAGAAAAGGGCUUUGUUGAUUUUAUUGCAUUUAUUUGAGAUCUCUGCAUCCCACACAUGGAGAGAAAUUCCAGAGGCAGAGAAAACAAACGUGAGCAAACGAAUCUGUGGGUCUUAUUGUAUCAGAAACCCUAAUGUACACCACAGCUGUACUGCAGAGAAAGUUCAUUCAAACAUUCCUCCUCCCCCUCUUGUCUCUCCCUCUCACCCCUUUUGCCUUUCUGUCUUACUCCUUCUGUCUCAUUGAUGUUUCAGACGGUGAGGCAGGGAUCCUGGCCUUUUGUAGUUUUAGAGAGGAACUCGGAGGAGGUCACGGGGCGACUUUAGGGAAAGUGACAGAUGAGAGAGCAGUAGAGGAGGGCGGCGGAGAAGUGGCUUUAAGGGGGUGGUUGGGGGGAGGGGGAUAAGCAAGAUCGAUCACAGGGUUAAAAAAAACCCUUUAAAGAUCUUCUCCCGGCGAGAAAAAGCCACCAGGUCACAAGUCACGACCGAGAGACACUUGAGAGACCAAGAGAGUUUAGACUAAAGACAGCCAUUCUCCCAGCUGACCAGAAGUGCAAUAUCAUGUAUCUUAGAGUCAAGCUCGCCAUUAAAACAAUAAAAAAAACAUGCCUCUUAGAGUCUUACGAAACACUUUGGAUUCAUACUCUGGAUCUAGUUUGGGACUUUGCAAAGGAACAACACAUGUGCCUGUGAAGGCUUUUGGGUCCAAAACAAAUUGAAACAUUGUUAAUAUUGCUGUAACAGGACACUGAGGGGACCACAUGUUGUAAGGACUUAAGUCAGUGUAGCGUCAUAAGGACAAGAAUGAAUCAAGGGAAUGCCAAUAUAAACAAAAUGACCAGGAAUGACAAAGCCAAAACUGUAUUUUAUUUUAUUUUAUUUUUUUGUGUUGCUUGGGACCUUUUUUUUUUUUGUUUCCAUUUUGCAUACACAGGAAAUAUCGAUUAGGUUUCUAACACAUUCCGGACAUAUUUAUUGUCACAACUGUGCUGUAUGUCAACAUCGUCAUUGUAGAACUUCCCACAAUGUAUAAGUGAGUGACAUUACUUUAUCCACCAAACUGCGGCUCAGAAUAACAGAGCGUUCAGAAGCACUCUUGUUUUGUACAUCCAUGUUAGAAUGAACCAGUCCUUUCAUUCCUUUGAUAUAUUUUUUGUAUUAUUGGACAAAGCGAUAUGACAUAAUGUCAUGUGUACAAGCGCAUUAUCACUACUAUUUAUAAUAAAAUAUAAAUUCUGAAAAUA